AGGUGUGUCAUCUAGCAUCGUGAUCGAAUCGAGACAAACGGGGGUGCAAUCGACUAAAGCGGCACCUGGGGCAGCCAUGGUGCAAGCUCUCUGCACUUCUUGCGUAAUGUCGACGCCCCUUGACACUGGGAUUUCUACGGCCCCUGUACGUGCGUUUUGCUACUUUUUCUUGCAUUCCAAAAACAUGCUUGCAUGUGGUGGGUAAACAGGUAUGGAAGCCAUUACUACCCGUUCCUCUGGAAGAAUUUGAACACCACACUGGGAAUAGCAAACCUUAAAAAAAGGAUACCUGUUACGACAUCCGCUUUUCGCAAGAGGUUAAGAGCGUGCUAGUUCCCUUCAAGGAAGGUCCGGUCUGCAGUCCAAAGUACACGCCACUUACGUAUCAUAGAACCCGUAGUAACUUAGCGCCCAGUUAGCGUCAUUUGCUUUCUCCACUUUAAGACACGGAACGUUUGACGUUCAGAAGCCAACUGUUGAGCUAGUCUCUGGGGAAAAUUCGACAGGAAACUCAUUCAUGCACCACUCGGCUGUUUCUCGUAGCAAAUCAGCGACACCUACACCCCGCACUCGUUCAUGUAGUCCUAUGCUAACUAUCGUGAACGAUCUGCGUACACUACCCAGUUCUGUGCGUCGCCAUAAUUCCUUCCAUAAAUCUCCGGACGACACGAUACGAACUCGUCGGCAGAUGCCAUCUGUCACUAUGAAUCGCUCCCAUAGCGCCACCACGACACGAACUGCUACUCCUGAGCAGGCGGAAAACGUUUAUCCGCAUUUCGAUUCAUCACCCCAGGAGGGUUGGAGGAUGGAACGCCAAUCGCCCAUAACGGUAGAUUUAGAGCACACAUCUGUUUUGGAUGACGUAAAGGACGAGUGUCCAAUCAGCUCUUCCCCGUGCGAACAACAUCUAUCUGCUGCGAGUGCACAACAGGAUGUUCCAAACAAUCGUAUCACCGAAGCAUCGGGAGACGAUGGAGGCAUCUUACCACUUUCAAGACUGGAUGCAGAUGUUCGCACUGCAGAGCUCAGAGUGCGAUAUCCGAAUAAAGGACUUCCGCAGGCGUGUCUCUUUGUGGCCAGUCUCUCGUCAUCGAGAACGGAUGAACAACUUCAUGAAAGCGUUACCAACCACUUCGAAAGAUGGGGAAAACUAAUGAAUGUUAAGGUUCUUAAAGACUGGCUGGCUAGGCCAUACGCUUUCGUUCAAUUCGAGAGCGUGGAAGACUCUAAGCAUGCACUCGUGGAGGCACAUAAUACAGUCAUUGAUGGGCGACACAUACGCGUUGAACAGGCCCGUGUAAAUCGCACUCUUUUCAUUGCCAAGUUCAACAAAUCCGUUGCCGAGUAUGUCCAAGAUGCGAACGAUGUGAAAGCGGUGACUAGUCAAUUACGUCAAAUUCUGGAACGGUAUGGACCAGUCGAAGACUUGACCAUUCUUCAGAACUAUCAAACUGGUCGUAGUAAAGGGUGCGGCUUCGUCAAAUUCUGUUUUCGAGAAGAUGCAAUUAGAGCGUACUUGGGGCUUCGCACGAACCUGAAAUGGGUGGCCGAAUGGUCAGACAACUAUUGUGUCUUGCCCCCCUCGCAGUUUAGCGGUUAUUCGUUUUCUCAUGACCAGCUCUGCUCACCUUCCGGAUCUGAUAUCCGUCCACAACAUUCUCUGCAUCAUCAUCUACACAGGGCGGCCAAUCUUGAUCGGGGCAAUGUCGACAUUGACAGAUUGAGCAUAUUCGUAGGCCAGCUCAACCAAGCGGUGAUUACUCGCGAAUUGUUGGAAGAAAAAUUUGGCCAAUACGGGCCAAUUCAAUCACUGCAGCUUAUUAACCGAUAUCCGACGGGACCAAAUUCUCGUCCAGCUUUUGCAUUUAUCAAGUUUUUGGACGAAGCUACGCCUGAACAUGCGAUUCAAGAAGAAAACGGAAAGUUGUGGCUCGAUAGGACUAUACGUGUCCAGUUUCGUGAAACAGGCGAGUUCCGUGUCCAAAGACCACCAGCUGUGCCUUACAGUCCAAGUGUGAUACCCUAUGCCGCUUUAUCAUCCUCCUUGCGUGGUCCUGGCGGUUUUGCAGGGCCUGUUGGCUUCGCAAGCACAGCUACAUUUGCUCGGACUCCGCCAUCUACGGGAGUGACGCGAAGCGCUACCUUUCUGUCGCCCCGACGACAUGCGUUCCCGGCCGCCCUACAACUUGGCGGGAACAGGGGAAGAAUCGGCUUCGUGACGGAGAACAGUCCCGGGCAUCUAGCUGGAGCAGACCAAGCCUCUAGGUUCAUUCCGCCGGACACCCUUAUGUACGCGAACCCCGUUCCUUUCCUCUCAAAUCCGUACGCUGUGUACCCUUCUCCCCCUGUCUACGAUGCUUCAACACAUUUGCCUCAACCCCCUCCGCUCGGAACUCUCACCCCUCCGGGUGAUGCCACUCUUCCGAUGGCUUCAGCCGGUCUUUACCUUGGACCCCACCAUAUCGUGCAAGUAGGAACGCCGUAUGUCAGUGCUCGCGGUGCAUCUUUCCGACCUCAAGGACAAAUUACGUGGUCCAAUGAAAGGGAAACCUGGAAGACCCACCUCACUCCACCUCCCCAAUCCGCCGUAGGGCUAUCGGUAUUGCAGAAUGCUGGCUGCGCCAAUACGGUUGAUCCAACCAUGGUCAGUGGCCCUUGUCUGACAGGCAGUAUAACCGAAGAUCAAGGAUGGGAAGAAACCAACCCUCUAUGGGCGGCAGAUGUUUAAGAGUCUCAAAAUAACCUGGGCAGGAUGGCAAUGCGAGCAAUUGCUGUGUAAACAAUAUUUGCAAUGAGUUUUUUCAUAAACUAAACAUGACAUGGUUUGCACCUUGGCA